AUGGUAGACAAACUAGACGUCGAAUUCCACCGUUUGUGGGAAAGUAGCAGUUCCAGUGCCUCACUUCCUUCAAUGCUGUGUCUAACCCUAGAGUCCAUUGAAACAAGAUCUAACUAUGGCAAGAUUGCACUGCCAAGCCCAUAUGCUACCAACACCAAAUUAUUAGCAGCAAAAAAGCGAUCUUACACCACCGCCUUUGCAGCUACUGACAAAUCAGUUUCAUCAUGUACGUUAUGCUGCAGCAUGCGCUGUAAGCUGGCCAAAUAUUUUUGGGAAUGA